AUAAGCACGACGCAACUUUCGCACCUUUCAAGUUAAAUUUUGUUUAAAAAAAAAAAAUCUGAAUUAUAUUCGACAUUAUAAAGUUAUAAAUUAGAAUAAAAUGGGUAAAUCUUCGAGAAUGUUUGUUCAUAAACGAGAUGGACGCAAAGAAGAAGUUCAUUUCGAUAAAAUAACUUCUCGUAUACAAAAGUUGUGUUAUGGCCUUAACAUGGAUUUUGUCGAUCCAGUUUCAAUCACAAUCCAAGUAAAAAAUGGUCUUUACACCGGUGUAUCUACUCAGGAACUUGAUGAACUUGCUUCAGAAAUUGCUGCUUCAAUGACAACCGAACAUGCCGAUUAUGCCGUGCUCGCAGCUCGAAUCAGCGUAUCCAACUUACACAAAGAGACCAAGAAAUUAUUCUCGGAUGUUAUUAAUGACCUCUACAAUGUAGAGAGAGAUGGUCGACGUACACCUAUGAUUAGCGAUUACACCUAUAAUAUUGUUAUGAAUAAUGCUGAUCGGCUUAAUUCUGCUAUCAUAUUUGACCGCGAUUUCAACUACAAUUACUUUGGUUUCAAGACUUUGGAGAGGUCUUAUCUUUUACGUAUAAAUGGAAAAGUUGUUGAACGUCCACAACACAUGCUCAUGAGAACAUCAGUCGGAAUUCAUGGUGAAGACAUCGAUAGUGCUAUUGAAACCUAUAAUUUACUAUCCGCAAAGUAUUUCACGCAUGCAUCACCAACACUUUUCGCUGCAGGAACAAGACGUCCACAACUAAGCUCAUGUUUUUUACUAGCAAUGACUGACGAUUCAAUACAUGGAAUAUAUGAAACAGUAACACGCUGUGCUAAAAUUUCAAAAUAUGCAGGUGGAAUCGGUCUUUCAAUUCAUAAUAUACGCGCAAAAGGAACUCAUAUUGCUGGAACAAAUGGCUAUUCCAAUGGAAUAAUUCCGAUGCUACGCAUUUAUAAUGCAACUGCUCGUUACGUUGAUCAGGGUGGAAAUAAAAGACCUGGUGCAUUUUCUAUUUAUUUAGAGCCAUGGCAUGCAGAUAUAUUUGAAUUUUUAAAUCUUCGCAAAAAUACCGGUCACGAAGAUGAACGCUGUCGAGAUUUAUUCUUAGCUUUAUGGAUUCCAGAUUUAUUUAUGCAACGCGUUGAAAGUGAUGGAAUGUGGAGUCUAAUUUGUCCACACAAAUCACCGGAUUUGUACAAACAUUGGGGACAAGAAUUUGAGUCGCUCUAUGUCAAAUAUGAAAAUGAAGGCAAAUAUGAACGUCAAGUUAAAGCACGUGAUUUAUGGUUCCAGAUAGUUCAAAGUCAAGUUGAAACCGGGACUCCGUAUAUGCUAUACAAAGAUUCAGCAAAUCGGAAAAGUAAUCAACAAAAUCUCGGGACUAUUCGUUCUAGUAAUUUAUGCACCGAAAUUAUCGAAUACACCGACCCAGACGAAAUUGCUGUUUGUAAUUUGGCUUCGAUUGCCGUUAAUAUGUUUGUCAAGACAGACAAGACUUAUGAUUUUGUUAAGCUAAAAGAAAUUGUAAAGGUAGUCACCAGAAAUCUGAAUAAAAUCAUUGAUAUCAAUUAUUAUCCGCUACCUGAAGCUGAAAAGUCGAACAAACGUCAUCGUCCAAUUGGUAUUGGCAUUCAAGGAUUAGCUGAUGCAUUUAUUUUAAUGCGAAUGCCAUACGAAAGCGAAGAAGCAGCAAAAUUGAACCAGCAAAUAUUUGAAACGUUAUAUUAUGGUGCACUCGAAGCCAGUUGUGAAAUUGCCGAGAAAUAUGGACCAUAUGAAACAUACCACGGUUCGCCAGUUAGCAAAGGUAUUCUUCAGUACGACAUGUGGGACAAGACACCGACCGAUUUAUGGGAUUGGAGCGUAUUGAAAGGGAAGAUAGCAGCACACGGUGUUCGUAAUUCACUUCUUUUGGCCCCAAUGCCAACUGCUAGUACAGCCCAAAUUCUUGGCAACAAUGAAUCAUUCGAGCCGUACACAUCGAACAUUUACAAUCGUCGUGUGUUGUCUGGUGAAUUCCAGGUGGUUAAUCCUCAUUUGAUUAAAGAUUUGACCGAAAUUGGAAUGUGGGACGAUGACAUGAAGAACGAAAUUAUCGCCGAUUAUGGAUCGAUUCAAAAUAUAACACGUAUUCCACAAAAGAUUCGCGAUUUAUACAAAACCGUGUGGGAAAUAUCUGUGAAAGCGACAAUGAAUAUGGCUGCAGAUCGUGGUGCUUUCAUCGAUCAAAGCCAAUCGUUUAACAUUCACGUUGCACAACCAACAUACGCAAAAAUGUCUUCAAUUCAUUUCUAUGCAUGGAAACUUGGCCUCAAAACUGGAAUGUACUAUUUGCGUACUCGUCCGGCUGCGAAUCCCAUUCAAUUUACAGUGGAUAAGAAACGAUUGGCCGCUUCCCGUGCCCUCAAUAAAACUAACGACCAAUCUAAUGAUAGAUCUCAAACUGCCGAAGAACUUGAAUUACAGAUGGCUGGUCUUGUCUGUUCACUAAACAAUAAAGAUGAUUGUAUGAUGUGUGGUGCCUGAAGUAUUUAAUCUCAUUAUUUUCUCCUUCAUUUUCUCUUUUAUUCCAUUUUUUAAUUCUCAAUGUAACAAUAAAAACAGAUAAAGAAUUAAGAUAAAAACAA